CUUUCUUACCGAGUCGAACGGGACGAAAUACCAUUUCAACUAUUCGCUUGCUUGCGUAGAUCUUUAUUCUGAAGAGAAAAGAACCGAACGGAAGACAUCCAUUAACAUCCUCAGCAGCAACGUCAAGUUGUCAACGCAUUCUGCAAAGCCGGAGUAUAGACAGCUUCCGAUGCCAUCCGGUUGCUUCCUAGUCUCCUAGCUCCCGUCCACUAUUGAUACCUGAAUCCCACCAAAAAGCCUCCCCCGCAUUCCUCUUAUCGAUACACAAACAUCCAUCCAUCUCUAGAGGCACCUGACCACCUCACCACUGGCACCACCUUCCACGAUCAAGCACCCCCGCCAGUCAAGCGUUAACCCCUCCACAACCAUGGCGACAACAACAGAAACCCCCAACCUAGUCCGCGUCAACCACGGCGAUGCCAAAGCCUUCGCCAUCGCCCUCCUAACCGCCUCCGGCGUGUCCGCCCGGAACGCCGAAAUCACCGCCUCCGGGCUCGUCCAAGCCGACCUGCGCGGCGUCGAAAGCCACGGCAUCCUGCGGCUGCCCUCGUACCUCUCGCGCGUACGCAACGGGGUUUUGGACCCGGCCGCCGAGCCCACGCUGACGCAGAUCACGCCGGUAGUCGCCCAGGUGGAGGGACACAAUGGCUUCGGCUUCCCCGCCGCGCACCUGGGCAUGGACACGGCCAUCGCCAUGGCGCGCGUGUUUGGGAUCGGCAUGGUGAGCGUCAAGCACAGCAACCACUUUGGCAUGUCGGCUUGGAUUGUGAAGCAGGCUGUGGAUGCGGACAUGAUGAGUUUGGUGUUCACCAAUUCGUCGCCUGCCCUCCCGGUUUGGGGUGGGCGGGAGAAGAUGAUGGGAGUAAGCCCGAUUGCGUGCGGUGCGCCGGGUGGGAAGGGUGAGGGGUCGAAGCCGUUUAUCCUGGAUAUGGCGCCUUCGGUCGCGGCGAGGGGCAAGAUUUAUAAGGCGCUGAGGAGGGGGGAGAAGAUACCGACUGACUGGGCGUUGGAUGGGGAGGGAAAACAGACUGAUGAUCCGGCCAAGGCCCUGGAGGGCGUGAUGCUGCCCAUGGGCGGGCCGAAGGGGUCGGCGCUGGCUAUCAUGAUGGAUGUCUUCUCCGGCGUGCUUUCUGGUUCGGCGUUUGCUGGAGGUGUGACGGGGCCGUACGACAUGUCUAAACCGGGAGACGUUGGGCAUUUCUUUGUGGCAAUCAAGCCGGACUUGUUCAUGAGUCUGGACGAGUUUAGGGAACGCAUGGACGUUCUAUACCAGAAAGUGGUGAACUCUGAGAAGAUGCAUGGCGUUGACAGGAUUUACUUCCCGGGCGAAAUUGAGCAGCUGAAUGAGGAGCAGAGACUGAAAGAUGGCAUACCAUAUGUCAAGGAAGAAAUCGAUGCUCUGAAUGCAGAGGCCGUAAAGUUGGGCGUGGAGAAGAUCCCAUUGAGAGAGUAGAGCUUCAUAUUGCGUUAUCUGCACCUUUGGAGGUAAAAUACGCCCAGUCCUUGGUCUGAACCAAGGGUGUUCGGGUUAACGAAGUUGCAGGCGAUAACACGCCAAUAGU